AUGGCAGGUUCAGGCAAAACCACUUUUAUGCAGCGAAUAAAUGCUCACCUUCAUAGUAUAAAAAAACCUCCAUAUGUUAUAAAUCUUGACCCUGCAGUCACUCAACUUCCUUUCACAGCAAAUAUUGAUAUCCGGGAUACUAUUAAUUAUAAAGAAGUAAUGAAACAAUAUAAUUUAGGUCCAAAUGGUGGUAUUCUCACUAGUUUAAACUUAUUUACGACAAAAUUUGAUCAAGUGCUUGAUUUUGUCUCGAAGCGUGCACCUACAUUAGAUUAUAUUAUCUUGGAUACGCCUGGUCAAAUCGAGAUAUUUACAUGGUCAGCAUCAGGAGCAAUCAUUACAGACGCGUUAGCAGCGACGUAUCCUUGUGCAGUUGCUUAUAUUAUAGAUACACCAAGAACAACAAGUCCGUCAACAUUUAUGAGUAAUAUGUUGUAUGCUUGCAGUAUCUUAUAUAAAACCAAAUUACCAUUUAUAUUGGUUUUUAAUAAGACUGAUGUUGUUUCUCACGAAUUUGCUGUUGAAUGGAUGACGGAUUUUGAAUGUUUUCAACAAGCUUUGCAAAACGAUACGAGUUAUAUGAGCAGUCUUAUGAAUUCUAUGUGUCUAGUAUUGGAAGAAUUUUAUCAACAUUUAAAGGUGGUUGGAGUUUCGGCCAUUACCGGCGCUGGAAUGGACGAAUUUUUUGAAGCCGUUGAUGAAGCUUCCAAGGAAUACGAAACCGUAUACAAACCCGAAUUAGAAAAAUUGAUUCGAGAGAAGGCUGAACGACAAGAAGCCGCAAAACAGGCACAAAUUACAAAAUUAAUGAGAGACAUGGACAUGUCUGAUGCUCCUAAAACAGAUGCCGACUAUGAAGCUAUGAGAAAACAUCAAGAACAACUCGAUGAUCAAAGCUUUGGUCGAUGGUUGAAACAAGCACGAGAAGGUGGUGGUGGGGGUGUUGAAUAA